AUGGAUUGCCUUCAAUCCCAUAUCCCUCCAUCUCUGCACUCCCUCGUGGAGCCCUACGUGUCUCUCUUGACUGCAGAGCACGUUCAGUGGAUCGGUAUCGCGCUGCUAACCCUGUUCGUGGGUUACGCGGGGUCUCUCUACGUCCAAAGCGUUAAGGAGGCCGGCGUCGCCUUCAAUGUCCCAGUGCCCAUUGAGGUUCGCAAGCCUAAUACUGUCCUGAAAAAGUGGGAAGAUGUCUCGGGCUUGGAGAGGCAGGUGCUGGAGGACCAGGUUCGAGGUAAAUGGAGCGACAAACUAAUCAUGAGCUACUGCCCCGCGGAUGGUCGGAUCCUUGGAAACGGAAUACGGCCGGCGACGAUCGAGGAUGUCAACCAAGCCGUUCGAGCUGCCCAGAGUGCUCAGCGUGAAUGGGCCAAGACGACCUUCGCCGAACGCCGAAAAGUUCUACGGACACUGCUGAAAUACGUGCUCGAGCACCAGGAUGAGAUCGUGGCAGCAUGCUCCCUCGACUCGGGGAAGACAAAGGUGGACGCUUCGUUUGGCGAGAUCUUGGUGACUGCUGAGAAACUCAAGUGGACAAUUGAUCAUGGAGAGAACGCCUUGCGACCAUCCCGUCGACCAACCAAUUUCCUGAUGAUGUACAAGAAGAACACGGUCAUCUAUGAGCCCCUCGGCGUGGUUUCCGCAGCUGUCUCCUGGAACUAUCCCUUCCACAAUUUCAUCGGCCCCGUGAUCAACGGCCUGGUCCACCACAUUUUCCUGGAUGUUGUUCGGGGUGCCCUUUCCAGCUGUGGCCACUCCCGAGAUCUUGUGCAGACUGUUAUGUGCCUACCUGCUGUUGCUGAUGCACUGACCUCUCACCCAGAGAUCGCGCAGCUCACCUUCAUCGGUUCUCGUCCUGUUGCCCACAAAGUGUGUGCCUCUGCGGCUAAAUCGCUCACCCCCGUCACUGUGGAGCUGGGUGGUAAAGACCCUUCUGUCAUUCUUGACGACGCCCGUACAGUGCGCAAUCUACCUUCCGUCGCUUCGAUCCUUAUGCGUGGAGUCUUCCAAUCUGCCGGUCAGAACUGUGUUGGCAUUGAGCGUGUUGUCGCUCUCCCAGGCGCCUAUGAAAAACUCAUUGAACUGGUCACUCCUCGUAUCAAGGCUCUCCGUCUCGGCUCCAUAUUCCUCGACACGCAACCAACCCCAGACAUGGGCGCAUCUAUCUCUCCCGCCUCUUUCGACAAGCUUGAAGCUCUGAUCGCCGAUGCCGUGAAGAACGGCGCUCGUCUCAUUGCUGGUGGUAAGCGCUACGAGCAUCCUGCCCACCCCCACGGCCACUAUUUCCAACCCACUCUUCUGGCGGACGUGACGCCCAGUAUGAAGAUUGCGCAGGAGGAAUUGUUCGCGCCUGUCUUCGUCAUGAUGCGUGCCGAGUCUGUGACCGAUGCCAUUGCCAUCGCCAACUCCACCGAAUACGCUCUGGGUGCUAGCGUCUUCGGAUUCAACGACGCCGACGUGCAGGCGUGUGUUUGCGGGAUCAAGGCUGGUAUGGUUUCAGUUAAUGAUUUCGGCGCAUACUACGCUGUCCAGCUUCCAUUUGGUGGCGUCAAGGGCUCUGGAUACGGCCGUUUCGCGGGAGACGAGGGCUUGCGUGGUCUGUGUAACCUGAAGUCAGUUUGCGUGGAUAAAUUCCCAAAGGUCAUUGCCACGGGGAUCCCACCACGUUUGGACUAUCCUAUCCAGAAACGCGAAGGCGAGGCUGGGAAGAAGGAUGGUCCUGCUGCAUGGGAGAUGUGCAAGGGCAUCGUGGAAACGGGGUACCAAUUGACCGUCGGCGGGUGGAUUGCUGGUUUGGCGCGCCUACUCAGCAAUCUAUAG